AUAUUUUUCCCUUUCAUUUUCAAAUUUAUAUACAUUUUAACCCAAAAGCCAGCUUCGAAAGUCUUCAUUCGAAUUGAUGCAGCAAACUCGCAUGCCUUCUUCUUGCCUUUUGACUUCCCCUUCACUUCCAGACAUCUCUCUCUCUCUCUCUCUCUCUCUCUCUAUAUAUAUAUAUAUAUAUAUUUGUAUAUGUAUGAGAAUUGCAGUGUUGGAAGGCAGAGAUCUUAGUUGGAUUGGAGCUUGAAUUUUGGCAAUUCAAUGUGAAAACAACAGCCUGAAAUCCAAAUUCAGAGCCAACAAAACAAGUCUCAGUUCAUCCCCAAAAAUGAAGAAACCUAUCCCAUCUGAUCCAAUACCAUGCCUUCUUUCUAUUUUCACCGUGAUUCUUCUUUUGCUCGAUCCAUCGCUGGGAGAGCCGAGAGCCCAGACAGUUCAAAUCAUGUGUGGGAACCAAACCGAGCACAACGCAACAAUCUACGUUCCAAACUUCGUUGCAACGAUGGAAAACAUUAGUGUACAGAUGAGAAAUUCCGGAUUUGGAAUAGCUGUUACAGGUUCAGGACUCGACACAAACUAUGGCCUAGCCCAAUGCUAUGGUGAUCUUUCAUCACUAGACUGUGUAUUAUGCUACGCCGAGGCACGUACUGUUCUUCCCCAGUGUUUUCCUGCCAAUGGGGGUCGGAUUUUCCUUGAUGGAUGCUUCAUGAGAGCAGAGAAUUACAGCUUCUUUGAUGAGUUUACAGGGCCGCAAGACAGGGCGUUUUGUGGGAAUAAAACGCAAAAAAGCACGACAUUUGAGGACUCUGCGAAGCAGGCUUUGAUACAAGCAGUGUCAAAUGCACAGAACAAUAAUGGGUAUGCUCGAGCCAAGGUUGCAGUGUCAGGGACUAAAAAUGAGUCGGCUUAUGUGCUGGCAGAUUGUUGGAAGACAGUGAAUGUGAACGCUUGCAAAGCGUGUUUGGAGAAUGCAUCUCAGGAGAUAUUGGGAUGCUUGCCUUGGUCGGAGGGGCGGGCAUUGAAUACCGGUUGUUUCAUGAGGUAUUCUGAUGUGGAUUUCUUGAAUCCGGAACUGGGAAAUGGAAGUUCAAGAGGGACAGUAAUAGUUGUAGUAGUUGCAGUUGUGAGUUCUAUUGUAGUUUUGGUGGUUGGGGGUAUUAUUGGAGCUUACAUUUGGAAGCACAGAGCAAUUCAGAAGAAGAGAAGAGGAUCAAAUGAUGCAGAGAAAUUGGUGAAGACCCUUCAUGACAGUAGCUUAAAUUUCAAAUACUCCACACUUGAGAAAGCCACCGGAUCAUUUGAUGAAGCCAACAAGCUUGGUCACGGAGGAUUUGGAACAGUUUACAAGGGAGUUUUACCCGAUGGAAGAGAGAUUGCAGUGAAGAGGCUUUUCUUUAACAACAGACACAGAGCAGCAGAUUUCUACAAUGAAGUCAACAUAAUCAGCAGUGUAGAACACAAAAAUCUAGUCAGGUUAUUAGGAUGCAGUUGUUCAGGACCCGAAAGCCUUCUUGUCUAUGAGUUUCUGCCAAACAAGAGUCUUGAUCGCUUCAUCUUCAAUUCGGAGAGAGGUAAAGCACUGAGUUGGGAGAAGAGAUACGAAAUAAUAAUUGGGACAGCGGAAGGUCUGGUGUACCUGCAUGAAAACAACAAGACUCGGAUCAUUCACAGAGACAUAAAAGCUAGUAACAUAUUGUUGGACUCGAGGCUGCGUGCUAGAAUCGCUGAUUUCGGGUUGGCGAGGUCUUUCCAAGAAGAUAUGAGUCAUAUUAGCACCGCAAUCGCAGGAACACUGGGAUAUAUGGCACCAGAGUACCUAGCUCAUGGGCAGUUGACAGAAAAGGCAGAUGUAUACAGUUUUGGCGUUCUUUUGUUAGAGAUAGUCACGGGAAGGCAAAACAACAAGAGCAAAAAUGCCGAAUACUUGGACAGCCUAGUCACAAUUGCAUGGAAGCAUUUCCAACAAGGAAAGGUGGAGGAACUUUUUGAUCCGAACCUAACAUUGCAUAACUAUUACCAUGGAAGCAACAUUAAGAAUGAGGUUUUGAGAGUUGUACAUAUAGGUCUUUUGUGCACCCAAGAGGCUCCAUCUUUACGACCAUCAAUGUCUAAGGCACUACAGAUGCUGGCAAAGAAGAAUGAACACCUUCCUCCACCCUCUAAUCCUCCAUUCAUAGACGAAAAGACUAUGGAACUUAACGACACAAGCGAGAGCCCAUGUUAUCCCCCCAAUGGUGACAAUUCUGCUUCAAUUGCCACCGUCUCACAUAGUUCGUUCUACGCCAGGUGACACUUAAAGGGGCUGAAAUUGGAAAUUUCAUCAAACAAAUUCUCCGAAAUCCCAAGGGAAAGAUCUAGAAGUUGAGAACUUGAAUUGAGGAAGACAUCAAUCUGAUAUGCAACUGGACAUUUGAGAUUUUAGAUGACUAAAGCAUGGAUUGGAUAUUGUGCUAUAUUGGUAAUUGAAUUUGAGCUGAUAUACAGACAGACAAAGACAAUGGAAUGGAAUUCAUAAAGGUAACUGAAUCAAGUAUAUAGACAUCUCUUUCAAUUUUCAAGUAUACUGAAUCUAACAAAGUUACAUUGCAAAUAUUACAACUCAUCAAUAGUAAAUUUUACUCUAUUUUUAUGAA